UACUCAUGUCGUUCUCUAUCGCACCAGCUUUGUCGGCAAUAAGGUUAGACAUUUUGCCUAACCGCUGAACUUCACCAUUUGGGUUACCACUUGCGUCUAUUCCCGUCUCCCUCUCCACCCGCUAGGCAAGGGAUUACCCCUCUUAGUCCCCAAUUGAAUUUCAGCAUUCAUCUGCUCAAGGAAACCUCCGAUGUUGUGUGUUUCUUCAGGCUUUCUCCAGUUGAGAAUUGUGAUCAGCCAAGCGGAGGGGUGAGCUUGCAGAAAUUGAGGUGCCAAGAUCAGACGAGAGAGAAAGAUCAGAUCAGAUCAGAAAGAUUCAGAUCAGAUCAGAUCAGAAAGAUUCAGAUCAGAUUAGAUCAGAUCAGAAACAUUCAGAUCAGAUCAGAAAGAUUCAGAUCAGAUCAGCAACAUUCAGAUCAGAUCAGAAAGAUUCAGACCAGAUCAGACCAGAUCAGAAACAUUCAGAUCAGAUCAGAAACAUUCAGAUCAGAUCAGAAAUAUUCAAAUCAGAUCAGAAAGAUUCAGAUCAGAAGAAUUCAGAUCAGAUCAGAUCAGCAACAUUCAGAUCAGUUCAGCAACAUUCAGAUCAGAUCAGAAAGAUUCAGAUCAGAAAGAUUCAGAUCAGAUCAGAUCAGAUCAGAAAGAUUCAGAUCAGAUCAGAUCAGAAAAAUUCAGAUCAGAUCAGAACUUAAAAAAUUCAGAUCAGAAACAUUCAGAUCAGGUGAACGGAACAGCUUCUAAGCAGUAUACCCACUACGGAGUACAAUUUUACAUAGUUUAAUUUUAAUAUAAUAUAUGUAUAUUUCGUACACAGUAUACAGUAUGUAUAGACACACUACAAUAUAUACUAGCAAUGCAUAUCUUGUAUAUUAAUAAAUUAGAUAUAUAAUAAAUUAAUAAAUUAGGUAUAUUAAUAUUGAAAUAAAUAACUUGUAUAUUAAUCAAUUAGGUAUAUUAAUAUAUUAAUAAAUUAUUUGGCAAUAUACAAUUGCAUUCAUAAUAUAUCUUAUAUAAUAAAUAAUUAAAUUACAAAUUAAGUAUAGUUAAAUAGAAUGUUAUAUUAUAUAUAAAUUAUAAUUAUAUAUAUUGUGCGACAAGUCGCCUAAUUGUCGCCUAGGCGGGCGCCUUGUCGCCUAGGCGAUAUGGCGGCUGGCUGGCGCCGCGACUCGCCUUAACGCCGUGACAAGUAUGGUUCUGAGUAAUCUUCAUUUGAGGUGCUUCUGAGUGGAAUUUUUUGAUGAAAUUUGGUGAGCAUGUUUUUCAUGAAAUAAAGAUUAUGUCCACCAAAUUUGAGCUUAAAAUGUAAUCAGGAAGUCAGUUAAAUAAAUUAUUGAAAAAUAGUAUGCCAACAUAUAUAAAUACGCAAUUUUUUUCAAUACUUUAUUUAAUUCACUUCUUGAUUGAAUGUUAAGCUGAAAUUUGGAAUAUAUCAUCUAUAUUUCAUGUAGAACAUACUCACAAAAUUUCAUCAAAAAAUUCUACAUGGAAGAACCUCAAAUGGAGAUAGUGAGACGGCGUUCCGGGCCAAUCCGAGUAAUUAUUUGUCAAGAAUAUUUUCUUGCAUAAUAUACCUUAUAUAUUGUGGACCAGACCAAUCCAACUAAUUAUUUGAAUACUUUAGUCCACUUUUAUAUUUAUUUUUUGUUUGUAAAUGUAAAUGUAUUGGAGUUCAUCUGAAAAUGAAUUAAUAUUCUAUUGAUUACGUUGUUUAUUACUACGUACAUUUUACCUAUUGUGCAUUACUAGUAGAAGAAUAUUAUUCUGAGGUUGAACUACAAGCUAUUAAAUGUGUACUUUGGAGAUAUCAAACCUUUUUGCUCGACUGUUGAUGCCUAUUUUAAUCCGAGAUUUUUGUUAUGUUGAAAUUUAAUGUUACACUUGGAUAUAUAUUUUUUUUUUAUCUGAACAUUGAGAUAUCAUGAAUGUAUAAUGUAAUGGUCAUAAUUUAAUGAUUUAAAGUUUGAAUUUUUUAUUUAACUGAAGGUAAAAUGUGUUCAUUUCAGGAGGAUAAUAAAAUUAUAUGGAACCAAAAAAAGGUAAGAACCGAACCGAAUUUAACAACCAUUUUUUUAACUAGAACCGAACCGAAUUUAAACUCUACAAUUUUUAUACUGUUCCAUAGAAUUUUAACCAGAACCUAACGGAUCCCUACAUUGUAAGAUAUACGGACUCCCAAGGCCUUGCUCCCCCGCACCAGCCUAAUCCAUAACGGCUGCCCGCUGCCACCAGUAGAAGCAUCAACAUUCACCCUCUUCCGCCCGCUAGUCGGUCGCCUCCUGUGCAAAAGCUUUCGCCUUAUACAUGAGUUGAGCUGGCUCAAGCGAUUCCCCUUGCCAAAUUCUCUGAUUUCGCUCUGUCCAAAGACCCCAACAUCCCCAAGCUACUCCCAGCAAAUCAUCCCCUUUCUUGGCCAAAAAAAAAAACCGCUGCAGCCAAUCCCAAAAGCUGCUUUCUGUCUGGCCAGCGGCUGCCAACCUAUAGAAGACCACGCUUGCAUUGCGACCGGGCAAAAAGGAAGAGAUGAAGCAAAGAUUCCUCCUGAGCUCCGCAUAAACCACACAUCUCCGCACACUGAACUCUUCUCUGCCGCAAAGAUGCAGUUGUUGGGAGGCAUCCGGUGCAAAUUUGCCCGAAAAGUGGGCUAGUUUCCAUUUCCACAUGUCCUUCCAGACCGCCCACUCGCUAGUCUCCAAUUCUCCUGUUAAUUUUAGGUAACAGCCCCGGACCGAAAACCUGCCAGGCGAUCGAAUAGGUGGAGCAGAUACAGGUGAACACUGAAGUGAACCCGCGUUGCAUUGUUUAGUAGGCCUCAUGAAAUUCCUACUGCCAAGUGUAGCUCGCAAGAUAGGGAGUGCAAUCAAGAAUAUAGCAGAGAACAAAAGCUCGAGCUGGUGGUACACCCCUCACGCCGCCGCCGCGGCUCAUGCCAUUGCAGAGAGGAUACCGCUAGUCGAUUUCGUUCUUGAAGUCCGGGAUGCUAGGGUAUGUAUUAUAGGCUUCGAGCUUCCCUUUGUUUUCCAGGAUUACUGUCAAGUGCUCGAUGAAAUGUUUGAAUGAACUGGCAUGGUUAGAGAUGCUGACAGUUUUGGUUAUAAAGAUCCCUUUGUCAUCAAAAUUCAAACUACUGAAAAAGCAUUCAACUUCCACCAGGCGAAUUAUAGUUUUGAACAAAACAGAUCUUGCAAGUCCCUCACAGGUGAAGCAAUGGAUGGAUUAUUUUGAAGGACAGGAUGAUAUAGCAUUUCGAGUCAAUUCUCAUAAUAGAGAUAGUAUAAAGGAGGUGCAUAGUGAUAAGUGACCACUGACCAGAGAGCCAUUUCCCGACACACUAUAAACUAAUGGGCACUAAUAUUACUGUAUUGCCUACAUUUUGACAGUUCUUGACAUUUCUGCAAGCUAGAGUAAGAGAACUAAUAAAUACCGGCUAUUCUCGACAUACUAUAACACUAAUGCUUGUUGGUAUUCCUAAUGUUGGGAAAUCUGCACUUGCGAACUCAUUGCAUCUGAUUGGGCGAAUUAGUGCCGCAGAGAAGGGAAGACUAAAACAUGCUGCAGUAACUCCUCAGCCUGGGGAGACUAAAAACAUUAGCAGUUUUAAGAUUGCUAGCCAUCCUAAUAUUUAUGUGCUGGACACGCCGGGUAUUUUGCCACCUCAUAUCCCGGAUGCUGAGCUCUGCUGCAAACUAGCUCUUACAGGUGCAAUCCAAGAAUGUUUAGAUGGUGAAGUAGAGCUUGCUCAGUAUUUUUUAGCAAUCCUUAACACGAGUGAUGAAUUCAAGAAAUGGGCAACAUUGGGUGGCAUUGAGAAAGACAUGUUAGUUGUAACUGCUACUGAUGACGAAUUUGACUUGCAGAAAACACAGAAAAUGAAGCAUUGCGUGACAGAUCACACGCAGGAUUUUAUUGUGAACAAUGUUAGGAAAACGCUUUAUCAUUGCAUUUCGUCAUUCAGUGGAAACCUCGAUGAAGAAAACAGCUUGUUACAUCUCAUCGAAGUUGAGUAUGCAAAUCUGGCGGAAGCUUUCCAUUUGUCCUCAGAAUCAGUAGAUGAUUUACACAAGGUUGCUUCUAAAUUACUCAAUUUAUACCGGACAGGAAGGCUUGGUCAUUAUUCCUUAGACUCUGUUCCAAGCAUAAACUGGUAGCCGCAGUGAACAUGGAGGUGCGACAGCUGGCUGUAUCGGUGCGGCAGUGGUUGAUUUACAAAUUACAAUUGCUAUUUUUAUGUUUUUAGAAAUAUGUAAGUAAAACUAAAUUUUUAUGUAUUUUGCAUGUAAUAAGUUUAACUAAUAGUGGCAAGACCAUGGCUAAAUGAAAGUAUGAAAUAGUUACAUACUCCCUCCGUCCCCAUUUAUUUAGCCAAUGUUGACUGGCACAUGAAAUAAGGAAAAGGAGUAUUUGGAGUUGAC